CCCAGGAACCCUAGCCGCCCACCUCCACUCAUCUCCCUGGCCCCCGCCGGUCUCGCGCCAGCCCGCCCGCCGCCUCACGCGCUCCUCCCGGAAUCGCGCACCGCCGCCGCCAUCUCCGCCCUCGACACCAACCCCUUGCUCGCAGCCACAGCGUGAGGCAGGAUGAGGAAGCUCAAGUUCCACGAGAAGAAGCUGCUGAAGAAGACCAAUUUCCUCCUGUGGAAGCGGGAGGGCGGCCACCGCGAGGCCGCCGUCACGCAGCGCUACAGCCUCGUCGACAGGGACGACUACAAGAAGUACAACGGGAUUUGCUUGAUGGCGCAGAAGCUCGUGAACAUCAUAAAGCAGAUGGAUCCCAGGGACCCUUUCAGAAUAGAGAUGACGGACAUGCUGAUCGAUAAGCUGUAUAAUAUGGGUGUAAUUCCAACAAAGAAGAGCUUGGUUAAAUGCGAGAAACUUUCAGUGAGCGCCUUCGCCAGGCGGAGACUUGCAACAAUUAUGGUGAAGCUCAAGUUUGCUGAACACCUUAAAGAGGCUGUCACCUACAUUGAACAGGGCCAUGUGCGUGUAGGCCCAGAGACGGUCACCGAUCCUGCCUUCCUUGUGACCAGGAACAUGGAGGACUUCAUCACCUGGGUGGAUUCCUCAAAGAUCAAGAAGAAGAUCAUGGAGUAUAAUGGUGCAUUGGAUGAUUAUGAUGCCAUGAUUUAAGGAUAUGUCCUGAUAGUAGAAAUUUUGGGAACAUCAGUGAUUCAGUGUAGCUACUCCUGUAAUAUUUUUUAAACCUGAAUCUGAGGCUACAAUAUGUUGAGGUAGUUAUCUGUUGCAAAGCUACUUGUGUGAUGAAAGCUAAACUGCUAUAGAAUGCAAAUGCCAUAAUCAGUUCAUACU